GAAUGUCAGAACUACGGGAGUCUCAAUAGCGGAAGCCGAAGGACUUCGUAUUACUGGGGCAACUAUUAUUGUGAUAGCAGUCUUGGCCCUGGAUGGUUCCGUUUCCAGGGGUCUGCCGGCACAAGAAUGGCAACAUCAUGUCCACCUACCUAUAGGUGUGGUACCUAUUAUCCCGGCUGGCUAAGUGGAGGACACUCCUCAGUAGCGGACGGUCAGGUCACCAGGACGGUGUAUUUUAGACGUGGUUACAACUGCUAUUAUUACUCAAGAACCAUAAAAGUGAGAAAUUGUGGUUCAUAUUACGUGUACUAUCUUAGUGGUACACCUACUUGUAAUCUCCGUUACUGUGGCACUAACUAG